GGGACGACGACGUUGAGCCUACAUGUCUCGUUCUGCCAGCGAGGAGCGCUGCGCGCUUCCUUGUGAAACUCCGGUCUCCUCUCCUUUGCUUCCGAUCUGGAACUGGACUGAACUUUACCUCUGUAGCGCCAACGGCUGCUGCUCCGCAAUCGCAGCUUUUCUUCGUCUCCUUCUCAAGUAGCUAACUACUGAACAGCUUUCAACACCAAAACACAUACGAAGAAGUGAAGGAUCCAGGUUCCGGCGCGGGGAAAGAAAACAACAAUGCGACCUUCGAAGUCUAUCAGUAGAUUGCCGCCGGUGCUUCAUCUGGGCUGCAUCGCGGCGUUCUUCUUCUUCGUCUUCUUCUUCUUCAUUCAAUCUUCUUUCUUCUCAGGUAGUAAGAAAUCAGAUCCCAACACAGAAGGGGACAAGCGCACACUUUCUCAGUUUCAGUCCGCCGUUCAGCAAUGCGUGGCAAACAGGGGGCUUGGUCUUACUGCAUUAAUCACCGAUCAUUGUAAAAUGACUCUCAAGUUCCCAGAAGGCACCAACAGCACUUGGUACAAUGCACAGUUCAAGAUUUUUGAACCAUUGGAGUACCAUUAUGAUAUUUGUGAUACACUCAUGUUGUGGGAACAGUAUCGGAACAUGACUACUGUGCUGACACGAGAAUAUCUUGAUACUCGCCCUGAUGGGUGGUUUGAUUAUGCAGCAAAAAGGAUAUCUCAACUGGGAGCUGAGAAAUGCUACAACCGUAGUCUGUGUGAGGAAAACCUUAACGUGAUAUUACCAGCAAGGCCACCUUUCCACCCUAGGCAAUUUAAAACCUGUGCUGUUGUUGGUAAUUCUGGAGACCUUUUGAAGACAAAGUUUGGUAAAGAGAUUGAUGGUCAUGAUGCUGUUAUAAGAGAUAACGAAGCUCCUGUUACCCAGAAAUAUGCACCACAUGUUGGACUGAAGAGGGAUUUCCGCCUUGUGGUUCGUGGUGCUGCUGCUAAUAUGGUCAAAAUUUUAGAAGGAUCUGAUGAUGAGGUGCUUAUCAUUAAAAGCAUGGCCCACAGGGACUUCAAUGCAUUGAUAAAGACUAUUCCGAACCCUGUUUAUCUCUUCCAAGGGAUCGUGCUGCGCAGGGGUGCUAAAGGAACUGGGAUGAAAUCUAUUGAACUUGCACUUUCAAUGUGUGAAAUUGUUGACAUAUACGGUUUCACGGUUGAUCCUGGCUACACUGAAUGGACAAGAUACUUCUCUACUCCACGUAAAGGGCAUAAUCCACUUCAAGGACGAGCAUAUUACCAACUCCUAGAAUGUCUUGGUGUCAUUAGAAUCCACUCCCCCAUGAGAGCUCAGAGGAAGCAAGACUGGUCCAAUGUCCCAAGCCGAGAAAUGGUAUCCAGAGCACAUGCAGCAGCCAUGCGGUUGAAGCUUGGAGAGGAGAUCGCAGGGUUAGGUCAGUUUGGAAAAUGCAAGGUGUGGGGUAGUGCAGAUGCUGCCAACAACGGGCCUAUCUCUGGAUCUCCUGACAUGAGUGACGUAAGGAAAUAUUCGAACUACAGUAAGUGGGAGACGAUGUCGUUUCAAAGUCUUAGACGAGAGGCACGGGAUCAUUAUGCCCAGAUGGAGGAUGUAUCUUUGUACAAGAUGGAUGGCAAUAAGUUGGACGAUCUGGUAUGCGUCAGGCACAAGUCAGCAUCUUCAGUAUGAUUUGCAGUCUCGGCUUAUCAGUUAAGUGAACUACAAGAGCCUUUUUGGUGCAUGUGCGCGGAGAUUGAGAAGAGAAUACAAAGGAUGGUUUCCAGUGUCCAGUUUUGAUGUUCAAUUAGCUCCAACGAUGGUGAUCAGCUCAACGGCUUCCAUUUUCAAUUUAGCUGUGUGCCGGUGUAAGCGGAUAUUAUUUGUAUGAACCUUAUUGAAUGAAAACUUGUGCACCUUAGGAUGUUGUAUUUAAUGUAAUCAAAGACAGCAGCAGUUAAAGAUAAACAGGACAGCCAGCA